GCUCUGCAUUGCUCAUGCUCUGCAGUGCUUCACCUGUAAAGAUCCAGCAGACCCCAACUGCUCAGAACAAACCCUGGAGACAUGCAGUGAUGGACAAGCGUGUUCCACAAAUUCCAGCAGCUCUCUGCAAUCCUCCGRUGUUAAUGCCAGAGGACGCAUCCAUUUUAGCAUUUGGAAUGUUGACAUUGAUAUCCGCUGGGGAAAAGACCGUACAGCAACCGACCCCAAUGUUGUUUCAAACUCAAGUAUCAAUGAGAGGAUCGUGAAGGGAUGCAUGGAUGACCAUUUUUGUCAGUCAAGCCCCAAAAUGUCUUUGAAUAUCGGUUUCCAUCAAUUCACUUCUUCAUGCUGCAACUCAUCCGGCUGCAACAGUGACACUUUCUCUGACGACCCCCACAAUGGACUUCAAUGUUUUUCUUGCACUGAUCCUGAAGAUGAGGUUUGCGAUCAGGCUGUGACCUGCCAGGGKGUUCAAGAUCACUGUCUUAACGACACAGUGACAGCUAGUAAUGGUCGGUCUGUGACACUUCGAGGCUGUGUCUCCAGGAAUAUGUGUGACUCCGGUUCUGACUCRGGUUCUGACUCCGGUUCUGACUCUGGUUCUGUGUCCUGCUGUGAGGGAAGUCUCUGCAACAGAAACAGGGCUAUGAAUGCCGCUCAGCCUGUAGCACUUACAGUCCUCGCUCUACUAGUUGGGAUAACAACCACCACACUACUACAAUCAGUCAAUCAAUGAAUAUCUUGAUUGGGGUUUCUUGAGGAUUUGUGUAUUUUCUCAUGAGGAUUGGUUACGUGGGCAUCUGCUUCUGGGGCUAUCACACUCUGUGUUGUCCAAAGUGUGACAACUUUGUCACUCCCUGACCCACUACAGUACUGUGGGAUCUGUUGCUCAUCAGAAGGCUGCUGAAUAUAAUUCUGACAACAACAAAAAAGACUACUUGAUGGUGUUGGUAAUUCUUCUGAAAUGUUGUAUUUCAUUUAUUAAACUUGGAGGUUGUGUUAAGUGAAGAAAUGAUGGGUAAUCGAACAUUCUUUUAAUCUAGCCUAUUAGGCCAAUACAU